AUGGGCAACGAAGUCAAGUCUCGCCGAAAAGAGAAUCCUGCUCAAGUUGCCAGUGGGACAAAUCCGCACCAGAAUGAAUUCGCGAGAGAGCACAUCAUCGGUGGAUGGCGACCCGGCAUGGAUCCCAAGGUAGAUUACUCGGGACACUUCGAAUUCGGUGGUUCUCUGGGCAACUUGGCACUCAUGACCGGCUUCCCGUUGCUGAUGUACUAUAUGUGGAUCGGUGCAACCUACUAUGAUGGGAAACUACCUCUGCCUCAAGAUGGAGAGUCAUGGACCGCUUUUGGCAGGCACCUGUGUCACCUUGUCUACACCGGGGCAUUUCCCCACUUCAGAGCAUGGCGCAUCUACUGGGUUUACUUCAUUUUUGAGGCGGCGUGCUACGUUCUCAUGCCUGGGUUCACAUGUUAUGGCAAGCCUCUUGCUCAUCUGGGAGGCAAGCAAUUGAAAUAUCACUGCUCUGCCUACGGCAGCUUCUACUUGACAAUCCUUGUCAUGGGUGUUCUGCACUACAGCGGUCUCUUCCAAAUCUACACCCUUCUAGAUGAGUUCGGACCCCUGAUGUCCGUGGCGAUUCUUUCCGGAUUUCUCGCCAGCUUCGUUACUUAUUUCUCGGCAAUUGCUCGUGGUGCCCAGCACCGUGUCACUGGAUACCCAAUCUACGACUUUUUCAUGGGAGCCGAACUGAACCCACGUCUGUUCGGGAUCCUGGAUUUCAAGAUGUUCUACGAAGUCCGUGUCCCAUGGUUCAUUCUCUUCGGUCUCAGCUGCGCUGCCGCCACUCGCCAGUAUGAGCGCUACGGAUAUAUUUCCGGAGAGGUCUUGUUUCUAGUCAUGGCGCAAUACCUGUAUGCCAAUGCCUGUAGCAAGGCGGAACAAUACAUCACCACAACAUGGGACAUGUACCAAGAAAAGCUGGGAUUCUUGUUAACCUUCUGGAACAUGGCUGGUGUCCCUAUGUCCUACUGCCACUCCAUCUUGUAUUUGGCCAAUCGUCAUCCGUCGACAUAUGCGUGGAACAAAUAUGCUUUGACUGCAAUGUUUGUAUCAUAUAUCUUCGUCUAUUGGGUCUGGGACACCUGUAACAGUCAGAAGAACUCUUUCCGCAUGAUGGAGCGUGGCACGUUCGUGAAGCGCAACACGUUCCCCCAACUUCCUUGGCAAGAGCUUUACAGUCCCAAAACCCUUGUGACGGAGAAUGGCGACACUAUCCUUGCUGAUGGAUGGUAUGGAUUGGCUCGCAAGAUUCAUUACAGCUGUGAUAUGUUUUUCGCCAUCUCAUGGGGGCUGAUUACCGGGUUCAAUAGUCCCUUCCCCUGGUUCUACUCUGUGUUCUUUGCUGUCAUGAUUACCCAUCGUGCAAUGAGAGAUAUCAACAAGUGUAGAGUCAAGUAUGGUGAGACAUGGAAAGAGUAUGAGAAGCAGGUCCCAUACCUCUUCAUUCCAUAUGUGAUCUAA